CUAAUGUAUUAUGGAUAGCUGCUGGAAAAAGAUUGCGGAAGACGCAAAUUCGAUACCGAAGAAGUCAUGGCUACACCGAGUCUUCCGUUCCAGCCACGACUCAGCCAAGAUCAAUGCUCUUGCGACACGGUUCAGUGAAUCUAUUGACGCUUUCCUGCUUCGCAGCAGUGUCUCUCAAUGGGUAGUCGUCGAGAAUGCGGCAGUCAAUAUCUCUGCGAUCGCUUCUGCCACAGUUUUACAAGAGCUGCUCCGCUAUGUAGCGAAAGACGUCUACUACGAUAGUAUACGAAGACCGCGUUGCCUAGAUGGUACCUGCGGGGAUGUGCUCCGCUGUAUCGAAGACUGGGCCAGCAGAUCGUUGCAGGGGAUGAGAUCAGGCUACACACCAACAGGUAUCGCACCCAAAGAUAACCUGCCUCUCUCGACUACACAGUCCCGCCCUGUCCUCUGGCUUAAUGGAUUCACAGGCUCAGGGAAAAGCACACUCGCCAGCACUAUUUGCGACAGGUGGAGUGCAGCAGAGAUCCUCGGCGCGACCUUCUUCUGUUCUCGAAAUGCAGCGUCCAGCAAAGACGUUAGAUGCAUUCUUCCAUCCAUUGCGUACCAACUCCAGGCUCGUAUCCCCGCGUUCCAUAAAUCUCUUUCGCAGAUCCUGCAGAGGAACCCAUCCGGUGUUGGGGCGGACGUGAAACGCCAGCUCCAAGAUCUCAUAAUAACUCCUAUUCAAGCCUCCUAUCCCUCUCUACCUCCUCUCGUCGUGGUGAUAGACGCAUUGGACGAGUGUGAAGAUACGCAGGCUGUGUCGGACCUCCUCGAGGCCAUCUUGGAUAAGACGGAGGAAUUCAAGCCUCUUCGUUUUUUCAUCACCAGUCUCCCCGAGCACCAUAUUCAUCGCUGUUUCGCCGACUGCGCUGCCCAAGGUGCCUGGGAGGAGUUCAACCUCAAUGAUAUCUCUGAGCCCGCCGCUCAGCAGGACAUCACACGAUACGUCCGUAGCGAACUUUCGUCGCUGAGGAAACAGUAUCGUCUGCAUGAAAAGGCUUUGCCUCCCGAGAAUGGCGUGGAGAAGGUGGAGGUUUGGCCGCACGAGGACGACGUGGUGCAGUUAGCCCAUCUUGCCGGUCGCUCCUUCAUCUACGCUUUUACUGCCGUAAAAUUCGUUGGAGAUGAUGCCUUCCGCGAUCCAAAGGCGAGGCUGCAGAAACUGACUGCAUCUGAGACCAUGGCCCCUGCGAACGUCCAUCCUUCACAAUCGCUGCUUGAUGAACUCUACCUUAGGAUUCUUGCCUCAGUCUUUCGCAACAUGUCGUCUGAGCUUUCGGCGCGGCUUCGUCUCAUUCUUGGCACGAUCGUGCUCCUCCAGGAACCCCUUUCUGCAGAAGCGCUUGCGCCCCUCAUCGACGUCCACAAAUCCGAUAUCUACAACCAAUGUGUUGCUCCCCUUCGCUCAGUUUUAUCUCUUCCCGAGAUUUCGAACAAAGGCGCGGGAAAUGCGGCCAUUCACAUCAUUCAUCCAACAUUUCCCGACUUUCUCCUGUCGCCUAAGCGGUGUCCGGAUCCAAAUUUUGCCAUUGAUGCGGCAGAACAUCACACUAUGCUGCUGCGCCGUUGCCUGGAGGUAGCCGUCGGUGCUACGGAGGCUGGGGCGAAGUAUCAAUCAAUGUCGCAGCCCAGGCAUACAAGAUAUGCGAUGAGCCACUGGGCUUAUCAUUUUAGGCACGCGCAAGCAUCCGCCAAUUUCCUCGACUUCCCCUUCGAACUCAUAGCCGAUCUGGCCACCAACUUGAAUGGUAUAAAGCCUCGAGAAUUCCUUGAUAGCUUUUCGCCCUGGCGUCCAUCGGAGCGGGAAGUGUACUUAACGUGGAGUCAAGUCCGGCCACUCGACUCGGGCGUGCCACCCCAUAUCGUCCGAUGCAUUCACGAUUUGUGGAGGAUAUAUUUCUCAAUUGAUGGGCUGACCACGACAACCCCAACAGUCCCGAGGACAGUUCGGCUCAAUAGCGUCAUGAGCGAGGCAUAUGCCUCGGAGGGGCUGUGAGCAGGACAGCCAGUGGUUCUGUGGAGGUUGCACGAUAGAGGCUGACACGGAGAGAAAAUCUAGUCAUCGCACCGAAAUCCCAUCCUAGUUUUAAUUCCCACCUUUUUAUUUUUUUAUUUAACUCUUGGUCCAUUCUCAUUUGCAGAGCCCUUCGGCAAAACAUCCAUCACCACCCAGCUAGCGUCACGCCUCACCGUGCGUCAACAGCAGCUCGGAUGGCGCGGUGGCAGAUCAUAACCAUAUUCGGUUCUCGUUAUUCUUCUCCCUUCAUUGCGUCUACUUUACUUGCCCUUCUUCCUGCAGCAUCGUUCUUGCUGUCCCCGCUACCACCAUUCUCAAGUUUGGUUCGCUCUGCGCGUACGUAGACGGUGGAUGGAGAUGAGACCCACGAGACAAGACAUAAGCGGACACCGCCAAGCCGGCGGUGGCCUCUGCGACCUGAGGGCGGCACGAACACGCACGCAAAUUAUACCACUGCUGGUGGCGAGUGUAUCAAGACAUUACCUGUCGAACGGCGCACCUUCCCCGAAGCCCAUGCUUAUCUAUCCUUCUCUUCCCAAGCAGGAUCACUCCUUUUUAUCUUUUUCUUUUUCUUUACACACGUAUUGUCUUGAUUUUAUCGACGUUUGCUCUUCUUCAUGCCCAUGUUUUAACAUGUCCGACCUUCCGCUCUGAGCUCUCUCCUCUGAACUUUCGAUGGCCCUCUGGCUGAGAGAACAGCAGAGGAUAGCACUGGCUCUAAUGUACUAUAAACGCGACCUCCCGCUAUUGAACAGAGCGAAUUUUCCCUU